GCCGACGGACAGUCUGUGAUCUUUGAGUUUCACUCUCCUAAGGAGGAGAAGCUCGCCUGAAGGGACCAGGUGGUGGCUCUGGCGUAGGGUCGCACUUGCAAGACAGCACUAACUGCUGCGAUGCAACUUAACUAUGCGUCGGAAAGCGAGCAUCCUGUUGACGGUAUAUCGUUAGUGCUUGAUGUUGAUUCCGCACGAGCUAACAAAAACCAGCUGGAGGCCUGUGAUUAAAAGCCGCCAUUGUUUUCUCAUUAGAUCUGCCAGGUUAGCAAAAGGUGUGAGUCGCGGCCCCUUCGCGGGGAAAGACCAACGCUGAGAUGGGCCCUGACAAACCAAACAUCACGCGGCACACCCCCUUCUCAAGAACCCUCGGAGCUUUAAAUGCAGAGGGUGAUCUGGAGACAUCAUUCGGAUAGAUUGAUCGGACGGGACCGAGUUAGGAGGCCUCUCGACCUACUCCAGAAACAUGCAGGUCGUGCAGUUCAUCCGAACGCGGUAGGAGUUGGAAAGCCCUCCGAGUGCCCAUCCAGCAGAACACAGAGCGCGUGAAGAGGGGGGAAAAGGUGCCACACUCAUGGGAGGGAUCCUGACGUCUAUCACACCGGCGCAGUGAGGGACCACGAGUGACAGCGCGCGCCGACACCACAUCCAGAGUAUCCGACAAACUGUGAUUUAGACAGCGGGCCUCGUACGGGACACCUACGAUGGAACCCCACAAUCUUCCGGACCGCGCGCGGAUCGUUUUUUUCCUGAUCGGAUUUAUCCGCGCGUGCGUUCGCGGAGACGCGCGUCCGGAGAUCUAGGGCCGCCGCACUCUUCUCCAGCGCCGCAUGGAUUCGACCCGGCUCGUUUAACCGAGGAGCUCAGAGCUGGAUUAUCGUUCGGGAGAACCCUGGACACGAGAUUAUAUUUUGCGUUCACACAAUGUAUGGAAUAAAUCAGCGCUGCUUGUACAUCUCUUUUCACUUCUUCGUGGUGUGGUGUCACGCGCAGGGGGAGAAGAAUCACCCUUCUCCUAAUUUUAAGCAGUAUGUGAGGGAACAGGGCUCCCUGACGGACCAGCUGAGCCGGCGGCAGGUUCGAGUCUAUCAGCUGUACAGCAGGACCAGCGGCAGGCACGUGCAGAUCCAGGGCAAGCGCGUGAGCGCCACCGCCGAGGACGGGAACGCUUUCGCCAGACUUUAUGUGGAGACGGACACCUUCGGAAGUCGUGUUCGGAUCAAAGGAGCAGAAAGUGGCAGAUACCUGUGCAUGAACCGCAGGGGGAAACUAGUGGGCAAGCCUAAUGGUCGAGGAAGGGACUGCAUCUUCACAGAGAUCGUCCUGGAGAACAACUACACGGCUUUCCAGAACGCUAAAUACGAGGGCUGGUACGUGGCCUUCAGCAGAAAGGGCCGGCCCAUCAAGGCCUCCAAAACCAGGGAGAACCAGCGGGAAGUUCACUUCAUCAAGCGCCUCCACAAAGGACCGCUGCCUUUCCCGAACUCGGACCAACCCAAACACUUUGAGUUCAUCAGCUUUCCACCGACCCGACGGGCCAAGCGCAACAGAAAGCCCCUCUCUGCUUCCUAACACCGCACGAACUCGUCUGACUGUUAAUAAUAAGAAGAGGCAGCUUUAUUUUUAUAUAUUUUCGUACUUAAUGGACUUGAAAAAGCGAACGGAUGCUCACCGGGGUGACUUGUAAAUACGGUAAGAGAGUAACAGAGAAUGUAUAUAUUUAAUUAAGCUGGUAUUUGUAUGUGUGUUGUGUGAGCAUUUUAGACGAUACGCUCAAUAUUAAACACGGUUAAGAAAAAAAAAGAAGCUAUUUCCCUUUUGAGGGGAGUAUAGGUGUAAAAUGAAAUAGAAAUCAGCCGGCGAAGAUGGUCGACAUUACCUCAUGUGUCUGGGACAGAAAUGAAUAAACACAAAUGAUUGUUUGCUAUCUGCUAAUGUACUUGGGUCGGCUCGUUUAUUUAUUUUUUAUCGACUACUCAACGAGGACGUAUUAAAUUGAUCAAGAAUGACAGAGAGCAGGACUGGAAUAAUGAUAAUGAAAAUUACAUUAUAACAUAGAAAACAAGUUAUUCUAAACUCUAAUAAUAUUUCAUGGUAUUGCUGUUUUUGUUAAAUAAUACAUGCAGCCUUAGUGAGCAGAAUAGACUUUUCAAAAAAAAAAAGAAAAGAAAAAUAAAAACAGAUGUAAUUUUCCUCAAUUAAUUUCACCCACUAGUUUAUAAAGUAAAAAUAAAGUACUUGUAAUUAGAGUAAGUUACAUCUUCAAAUAUUCUUAAUAAGACUACAGUUGCUUUUUAUAAAUUGCAUGAUUACAUAUUAUCUACACAACAGCAAUCAUUUAUAUUUUUUUGAUUGUCCCUAAUUGCUCUUUUUCAUCUUUUAAAGGGUCCUUUCUAA